AAUUUUAAUUAUAAGUUUAGCGAUUCACUAAUUUACAGUGUGUCAAGCCGUUCACAUGUAUUAUAUGCGCGUAAAUUCAGGCAUUUAAGUGAGUGAAUCGACGAUGAUGCGCUUAUGAUUUAUCAAUGAAGGGAAUGGCUACCAAAUUACAGGGACAGUCUGUGGACGAUCUAUCUGCACCUGUAAAUGAUGGCGCAGCAAAGUUCGUGAGCAAUUUUACGAAACGAAACUACUCGUUGAAGUCCAUUUUCAAGAAGAAAUGCGUUAACGAUACGGAUAAAUGUAAGGAAGUCUUGCUACCUCGAAGUGCUUUUGUGGAUUCUGACCUUCUGAAGGGGAACGUUGUAAAUUUUACCUUUAGUUCCGAAACGAAUGUCAAGAAUGGCGAGAAUGUCCCCAAUGUUCGCUCUCGAUCGGUAUCGCCCCUGCCCCGUAAAAUAUGUAAUGAUUACAGUUCCGUAUCGCACCUGCGCCCACCUGUUGAAAACCAGGACGAGCUUACACCAGAUACACGGGGUGAAAAGUCUCGGAGUCGAUUUUUCACUUCACAUCUUGUUUCUGACGACGAGUCAACUCCGCAAACCCAAAAUUUGUCGACUACUUUCCUUGAAGAAUUGAAAAUUUCUGCAAGGAGCGGGACUGGCACACCGUCCAGCCACGAGAACCCUGACGAGUGCGACGGAGGAGGGGACGAUCUCAGGAGGAAGAAGGGUCGACUGCGUGGUGGUGCCGCUUCCCCUGCUCUAGGGGACGGCGCUAGGAUGGGGUUCAGUGCAUGUCUGCAGGGCCCCGCGAGCCACGCUGCUCUGCUGGGGAGGCAGGAUGCAGAGGUGCGGCUGUUGGACACCAUGCGCAGGGUUCUCGUCGCCAGAGCAAAGUGUGACCGUGAUUACUCCACGGCGCUCACGCAUCUCGCGCACACCGCGGCCAAGAUGGACAUCCCCGACAAUGUUUUGCAGGAUUCCUUGCUACACAAGGCAUGGCUGGUGAUGCUGGAGAGUCUGGAGGAGUGGAGCAGCCUGAUGCGCCACAACGCAGACGUGCUCGUGCUGGAGGCCGUCGAGAAGCUGGCGGCGCUCAUAACAGAGAAGCGCGCCAGCAGGAAGGUUUAUUGUGAAGAACAUCUCAGGAUAACCAACGAGGUCGCCAGGUACCAAGAAGCUGUAAGCAAGGCGAAGGGGCACUAUGAACAAGCACUGGAACACUACAAGGGCGCCAAGGCAAAAUAUGAAGAUCACUAUUUAAAGAGUAAGCCGGGCCGAAAGUUGGACGAGCUGAAGGAGCGUUACCAGAAGUGCUGCAAGAAACUGCAUCAGCUGCACAACGAGUACGUGUUGCUGCUCAAUGAAGCUGCAGACUACGAGAGGGACUUCCGCACCGUGCUGCUGCCUGGUCUGCUCGAGUAUCAGCAGACUCUGCAGGAAGACAUGGUUACUAAGUGGCGUAGCAUCCUGAGCGAGGUGUGCCAGCUGACAGACACGACGCAAGGGCGCUACGCUCACCUGCAGCAGCUCAUAUCCGCCGCUGUGGAGGCCGUCAGUCCCACCGCUGAGUACCAGACCUUCGUGGAGACCAACAGAUCGACCCCUCCUGACGCGGUUGUGUUCGAGUUCAGCUCCUCGCUGCUGGGUGAUGGGGUGGGCAGCCUACAGGCAGGUCAGCUCGCUGUCGACUCCCUGACGGUGGACAACCUCAAGCAGCGCCUGGCGGAGCUCGAGCGCCGCCUCAGGGACGUGACCAGCGAGCACAGGGAGAAGCAGAGCCUCUUAGCGCAACAUGAGGCCGAGGCCGCCAAUAUUAAGAAGAACUCGGCUCAAGAUGUCGCCGUCGCAUCGCGGCUGCCGGUGCUGAAGCGUGCUAGCGACGUGCUGCGUCGGGAGCUGAGUGAGCUGCGAUGCAAGCAGUCGUGGCUGGAGAACCAGCGGCAGCUGAUAGACGCGCCCCUCACGGCCCUGGGCUGCGAGGAGGCGCCCCAGCCCUGGCAGACCCCCAGCCAGAUUAUUUUUACGAACCUCAACGGCGACUCGAUAUCAAGAUUCAACUCGAAGUCUUUACAGUCUCUCAAGUCAGUCUCGAAAGUGACGGCAAGUCCAGUGCGCGGUGACAACCUCUCGGUGCGCUCGAGGUCCUCUGCCAUAAAGGACAUCCUGAAGAAGCCCUUCCAUCGCACCCGCGGCGGGCAGGGCGCCAACAGCAGCGAGUCCCCCACGUCCACUCCCCCGACACCCACCCGUGCCAGCACCGAGGAGCCUGCAGGAGGAGCUGAGGUUCCUUCAGGAUCUCCUAGCUCCCUCCCUAAGGCAGCUGACGUCUCCUCCAGCGCGUCUCCCACGAAAACUAACGGCGUCGGGGAACUUACUUUAGAUCCUGAACGGCAGCUGGAGGACGAACCUUGGUUCCACGGCGUGCUGCCCCGAGAGGAGGUCGUGAGGCUGCUGAGGGAGGACGGGGACUUCCUGGUGAGGGAGAGCACGAGGAACGACGAGCGCCAGGUCGUCUUGUCCGUCAGUUGGGGCACUCACAAGCACUUCAUCGUGCAGACCACGCCUGAGGGCCACUACCGUUUCGAGGGCCCGGCGUACCCCAGCAUCCAGGAGCUGAUCAUCUACCAGCACAAGUGCGGUCUGCCCGUCACCAACAAGUCUGGCGCUGUCCUCAGAGCUCCCAUCUUCAGGGAGCACUGGGAGCUUAACAACGAUGAUGUGCAACUUGUCGAGAAGAUCGGCAGAGGGAAUUUCGGUGACGUGUACAAGGCACGUCUAGCUGGCUCAGGCCUGGACGCGGCGGUGAAGACGUGUCGUGUGACGCUGCCUGACGAGCAGAAGAAGAAGUUCUUACAGGAGGGACGCAUCCUCAAGCAGUACGACCAUCCAAACAUCGUCAAGUUCAUCGGCAUCUGCGUGCAGAAGCAGCCUAUCAUGAUAGUCAUGGAGCUGGUGCCUGGCGGGUCACUGCUGAGCUACGUGCGCAGCAACAAAGGCAAGCUCACGGAGAAGCAGAUGACGGGCAUGUGCCGAGACACCGCCGCCGGCAUGGCUUACCUCGAGUCUAAGAACUGCAUACACCGCGACCUCGCUGCUAGGAACUGUCUUGUUGGUGAGAGGACCAUAGUGAAGAUCUCAGACUUCGGCAUGUCGCGGGAGGAGGAGGAAUACAUCGUCAGCGACGGCAUGAAGCAGAUACCCAUCAAGUGGACCGCUCCUGAAGCCCUCAACUUCGGGAAAUACACGUCGCUGUGCGACGUCUGGAGCUACGGGGUGCUGUGCUGGGAGAUCUUCUCAGGCGGGGAGGUGCCGUAUCACGGAUACACCAACACCAAGGCCAGGGAGAUGAUCGACUCAGGGUACCGGAUGCUCGCGCCGCCGACGACACCCAAGGCGAUGUACCAACUCAUGCUCGACUGCUGGCAAUACGAGCCCGAUAACCGCCCCCACUUUGACGCUAUACUCAACGAGGUCGACAACAUCUACAACAGUCUAUAGCAGCAUGUUAAAUAGUUGGUUUAGGAAGGCAGUGUCUAUGAGAAUAUUUACAAUUGGCUGCAGGGCCUUCGAGAAUAUUUUUUAUUGACUUCAGUGCCUAUGAUAAUAUUUUCAGUAGUCUAUUGUACCUAUGAUAUUGUUCACAAUCUAUACGUAUAUAUAGCGCCUUUGAAGAUACUUACAAUAGUCUAUAUCGUUUGCGACAUAUCUGCAUAGUCGUUGGUGUUGUAGCAAAUCCUCUAGUAGAGCUUCUACUGUUUUAAAAUAUUUUUGCCGUAGCUUUAUGUGCUUGUGACAGAAUAUUCAAUAAUUUAUGAACCAUUGACAAUAUCUGCAAUCGUCAUUCGUCAUAAUAAUUGCCUAGACUAUAAUAUUUAACGCCCUGGCAUUGUGAUGUAUUAGUCUAUAUUGUCGUGGCAUUGAAAUGAGUAUGAACAAUAGGAUAUUAGGACGCAUCGCAUGAAUAUGAAUAAUGUAGAUGUUUCUAAGUUGUACAUUACUGUAUGGUGCGAAAUAGACUUGGUCGGCACAUUUGACGAUUGAGACUUCACUGCAACGAUCUUAGGUAAAACUUGUUUACAAAUGGACAGUUAACUACGUAAAUUCUGUACCAUAAAAGAAAUGUUGACAUCUCAAAAUAUUGAACAUCGUCACAAACUAAAGAUGCUCAUUAAAGUUUCAACGCGUAUGUUUUAUUUCUCGACUAUAUUAACUUCUUUGAGAACAAGCUGGCCAUCAUCGGUCACUAUCUCCUCUGUAAUAGGUCACGACAGCGCCUUAUGUUGUGUUAUUUUUUCAUAUUCAUUUUCCAAAUAUUCAACACAAGUGGAUAAUUAACAGAUUUUCCGGGAUGAGAACGCCAAGCCAUUAUGUAUAGCAAAUAGGUAUGAAAAUAUUUUAAAUUAUUGCUUCAUGACUGUCUUGUGUGAUGCCAAGUUUUGAGUACUGAAUUUCACCUUAAAGAAAUUGCACUUGUCUUCAACUUAUCAUGUUACUGAUGUUUUGAUCACUGUCGUGCACAUGCUUUGAUGUAUUUAUACAUUUAUGUAUAUUAGUACAGUUGCACAGUAGUUUUCCAGCUACAUAUUUUCUUUUUUAGGGUUGAGAGCUGCAAUCGUUUGAUCUAUUUAAUACGAGCACAAGUCUUGGGGCCGUAAUAUCAAUAAUAAUUAAGAGUUCGGAACUCCGUCGGCCAAUCACUGACGGCUUCCAAGCUAAUCCCACCAAUCAUACGCAGGACAACCAGCCGCUACGUGUACUUAGACCACUACGUGUAGUUAGGCUACUCGUAUUCUUACCGAAUUUUGAUGGUUCAGUCUUCGCUGUAUUCUAUCAAGCCAGAAUCUAUCGCAUUCAAAGAACGACAUUUGUAGACAGUAACGGCGUGCAUCAAGCAGAACAAGUUCGUGAGUAAGUCAACGUACGCGUAGAAAUGUAUGUGUUUUUACAUCGCAAAUGAUUCAGGAAUCUUACGAGAAUGAAAUCGACAUUUUUGGAGUAAAAUCCAGUGGGUAUGAAGCUAAAUUCGACGACGCAUAACUAAUCGUGCACAAACACUAUAAUUAUUGUUAUUAUGCUUAAUUUUAGCUAAUUUAAAAGAUUUUUUACGCUGGAAUAUUUAUUUUGUCUUGACCAUGGCAUAAUGACGCAGUUAGUUGCGUCCGGUAUAUAUGUUAAAUUAUUGUAAGGCUACCAUCAUUUCUACGGAUUCUCUGAUAAUAAGAUAAACUAAGACCUAUUCUAGAAUGUUUGUAACUUAUUUGAAGGCUUUUAUACCUUCUUUCAUCUGAAUAUUGUUAUUCAACGUAUUACAUGCUGAGGAAAAUUGAAUUUAAAUGAUUCUUCUUGUCUUGGGCGUGUUGGAUGCAUGCGGCAUCAAACCAGCUGUAGGGAUCGCUCGCCCCAACACGUGGGGCACGCUCGCUCCACACAAGGGGCAUUCUCGCCCCCACACGUGGGGCACGCUCGCUCUACACGUGGGGCGCGCUCGCUCUACACGUGGGGCACGCUCGCUCUACACGUGGGGCACGCUCGCUCCACACGCGGGGCAUUCUCGCCCCACACAUGGGGCACGCUCGCUCUACACGUGGGGCGCGCUCGCUCUACACGUGGGGCGCGCUCGCUCUACACGUGGGGCGCGCUCGCUCUACACGUGGGGCACGCUCGCCCCCACACGUGGGGUACGCUCGCCAAAGCAUUAACAUUUCCUCUCCGGGUUUCACUAUUAUUUCUGAUAUAUUUUUUCCCAUCGUUUGAUGUAUAAAGAAUGUGCUGCGUUGCGUGCCAUAAUAAGGAAGAAUAUUAGACUAGGAAAUUUUGUUAUAAUGAAGGUCUUGAAGAUAUUCGUCGAUGUUUUAACGGCGAUAAAAAAUGCGACGAUAUUCAUCUUUGGUUUAACGCUUGCAAGUGACCGGUUCAGUUAGAGGCCUGCGUUGACUUAGAGGUACGCGACCUUGUUUCUUCUGAUGAUUAUAGGAGCCCUAAACUUGCGAUGCCUGAAACACUUAAUGAUUUCAAAUCCAUCUGAUUUCGCGCCCGCUAUCUCUGCCCGAGAAAUUUUCGUAUUACUAAUAUUUCCAGCUGACUUUAAUUAAUGACAAGAUCGUAUUUGGGGAUUGUGAGCUAGCAAGGUUAGUUUAAGAUGGGUAUAUCAUAUGGAAGCGAUUUUGGUUAAGUAAAUAACUGGUUGCUUUACAGAAAUUGUAGGAAAUGAACCUUGAGACGAGCUUCAAGAUGAUCCUUUGUUGUACUUAGAUCUUUCUAAAAGUCUUGCAUACUAUACCUGGCACUACUGAAUCAAGAUGAUUAUACUUUGUGUAUUAAAGAAUUAAUUCACAAUGGGUUUUAAAAUAGACAAAAUAGUUUUAAAAUAGACAAAUCGCUUGAUAACAAGUAAUUCGUAACCUUUAUUCCAAGACUUGAACACAAUAAUUUCUUUCCAAAUGCCCCUGGGUAUUAAAUUUCAUAUCGGUUACACGAUAUUUAGAUUAGCAGUAUUUAUUGUGCAUUGUACUCUACAUUUCUCAGUUCUUGAAGAAUGUGUUCACUCAUUUUACGCUCAGUGUGUAAGAAGUGAUAUAGGCAGCUGUGUAAAGUGUACAUAAAUCUAGGCUAGGUCGAAUAUGUAAGCUUGAGUCUUGAGUGUGCAAUAGAACCAACGUGCGUCUAUAUUUUUAGACUCGUGUU